AAAGAUUUAUUUCACCUUUUAUGAUAUGGAAUCGGGCAUGGAAGACUGAACUGUAGCAUUGAGUUCUGUUUGUGUAAAUUGUCUAAAUUAUGUUAACAUACCUUGAAAAGCUUGAAAUUAUUUAAGCUUUCUCUUUACUUAAUGCUCUGGAGGUUUUUAGAAUUUCAAGGUCAAGAUUUCUAACGUGUUAUUCACUCAAAAAAAUUAAGUACUGUUCCGCGCCAGUUCUUUAGUGCGCCAUUUUUUUCGCGCCCGGUCAAAGGCUAAUUAUGAUGUAUACUGACUGAAAACGUGUAUUUAGCUCUGAGUGCAACUCUCAAAGGAGCAUUCACAAUAAAACCUGCUGAGGGUAGGAGCAAUAACAAUACAGUAAAGUAAAAUUUAUGUUCUGUGAAUAAUUCCAAACCCUUCGUGUGAACGGCUGACACGAAAAAUCCACAUCUAGGCCGACAGAGCCAGAACGAGGUGGAGUCUGAUCUCAAAUCAGCUGGAAUAUGAUUGUCGUCGUGUACGCUGGGUCGAAACGCAAUUUGGCUUUGCUACAGACCGCCCGCCAAAAGUUAUAUCGCUUUGUAGAUGACAUUUUACUGUGCCUCAGAUUAAAAUCCUUACAAAUGGAAGCUAAAGAAUCAUUUGAUCAACUUUGCCAACUACUACAAUUGGAGGAGGGAUCCAGGGAAAGGGCUUGGAAUGUUUGGAAGUCUGUUUCAACAAAAGUUGUAGAAACUGCACAGGGUGCCUUAAUUCCAUGGUUUAUAUGCGCUAUUUAUGUCACAAAUUGCCACGAAAAGUUUAAAGUUGCCCAGGCCAGUGAAACUGCAACGACUCAUUCCAUGGGUAAACUCCUGAAAGUGGCCAAAAUGAGGUACACUGUAGCUGUACAUAUGCAACCCAUGUCAAAAGGCCAAUUUGGAAUGAAUAAAAUUUUGAUAGGUGCACAGUGUGCCUCAGGCUGGCAUUUGCAGCAAGUGACAGACCUGGUGACAGCAUUCAACCUCUUAUUGUGUUGUGUGGACUAUGUACACAGACAAUUCUUCAAACAGCAACCCACAGGUCUCUUGGAGACAAAUGGAAUUCUGGAACAUGGGAUUCUUCCAGAUCUUUGCCAAGAGUCAAAUGUUCCUUACUCCGAGGUGAAUGCAGUAUACACAGAGUACUUUCAACCAUUUCUUGAGAGCUGUUGUGAGAGUAACACAAAAGACUUACUCAAUGUGAAUGACUUAAAUUCCAUGUAUGAAGAUAUUUAUGACAAGUCUAGAGACGUUGAUGAGAGAGACUUCCUUGACAGAGAUGGCUACUUGUGGAUACCGUUUGAUGAAACAGACAGUGUGGGAAAUUUUGAUGGAGGUGUAGCUAACUCAUCUGUGCAUGAUGAACCCCAGUAUACAACUGGAGCUUCAACAACUCGCACAACACCGACAGAAUCAAGAGGGCCUUGUCUAUCAGGUCCGUCAUCUCUCACUGAUUUAAGAGCUACACUUGAGGAGGCCAGCCAUAUGCCAAGUCAGGAGCUCAUAAGAUUUUGGCAUUGUUGUCAAAGAAAUCCUCAAAACUGUAUACAGUCACAACUAAUUGCUGUCCAGGAUUGUUUUAUAAAAAGUUUUAAUGAUGCCGCAGUUAGUGAAGACAGUAAUAUUUCAAUUCAGAUUUUUGUCCUAACAAAGAAGCUGUAUUAUAGAGUAAUGGAAGCCAUGCUGUUAGCGGAGGAGAAAAGAUUAUCUUGCAGUGAUUUCAGUGCUUUGCUCAACAGUAAGGCAUUUCACAUUUCUCUCAUGGCCUGCUCACUUGAAGUGGUAAUGGCUGAAAAAGGACUUCCAUGGCCAACUCUAGCAUUUCCUUGGAUUCUCAGAAUUUUGAAUUUGGAGGCAUUUGAUUUUUUUAAAGUCAUAGAAAGUUUUAUUCUUCACGAGCCACUUCUUGGCAGCAAUUUAAUGAAGCAUUUAAAUAGGAUUGAGGAGCAAGUAUUAGAGAGUUUGGCUUGGACAACAGGUUCGCCACUUCUGACAGCACUGGAGGCUUUCUACCCGCAUUCUGAUCCAGCAACAAUCAACUCUGGUCAACAGCGAAAGAAAUCCCAGCCUCUAAAUCUGUUCUUAAGAAAAGUGAACCAGUUGGCUUACAAUCGUUUAACAUCACUUUGCAAUAAACUUGAAGUAGACGAUGAACUGCGAGGUCACAUGUGGACGUGCUUGGAGCAGUCACUAAGACUUCACUGGCAGUUGAUGAAGGACCGGCAUUUGGACCAGAUGCUUUUGUGUGCAGUGUAUGCUGUCUCCAAGGUUGUGGGUAAAGAGAUUCAGUUUAAACAGAUCGUUUCAUCGUACAAAGGUCUUCCUUUUGCAUGUGCGCAGGUGUACAGGGGAACUGCUGGUAAAGAACAAGACUCCAUCAUUGGAUUCUACAACAAGGUGUACAUGGUCGCCAUGAAGUCAAUUAUUCUACAAUUCGCACCAAACAAGAAUCCGCCUGUUUCCCCUGCUCCCAAGAGUUCAAUGAGGAUUCCUGGGAAAAAGAAUUUUUACUUGUCUCCUUUGCGAAACUCUCCAAGUGAAACGUUGACACCGAAAUCAAGGUCAUUGUACAGCUUCGGGGAGUCCCCAGGGUCUGGUGACCGCGAGAGCCUUUCCAGAAUCAAUGCGUCAAUGCGAGCAGCGGUGCACAGUCCACCCAAGCUUCCUCAGAAACGAUUACGCUUCGAUGACUGUGACACAUCCCAACCCGGUCCAGUCCUCACUAACGGCCACUCAACUGAGAGGAAGACUGGGUCACUUGAGAACGGAUCAAAUGGUUCAAACGAUGAGGCCGAGCAAGAAUCUGAAAGACCGGAGCAGAGUUGACACAUGAGAAUAUCGCGACAGAUUUAAGUCUGUAUAUAAAAUCGUAACUUUAUCACUACUGGUUUCAACGUAUUUAUCAUUUUGACUUCGAGAAAUGACACUCGUAUUUUGGAAACUUGACAUGUUCUCUGUCCGACAUAUAAAUAUAACGGUAUUACUCAAUGAACCUCGAUUCAUGGAAGAACCGGGCCAUGUGGCAAAUUGACAGAAAUGUCUCGAUUCUGAUUGUUAAAUGAUGACUUCAUCCAAAGGAAUAGAAAUUGCGUGUUAAACGCACAUGUAUUUCAUUGGAAAGAAUUUUAAUAUUAAUUAAAUCAAGGGAAUUUGCAUGCUGCAAAUAUUUCGGGUGGGCCAGGAAACAGGAUUUAUUAGAAGAGGAAAUUCGUUAUAACGGGGUUAGUUUUCCAGCCCUUUGUAGUCGCUGUUGGUGAUUAGGGUUUCAUUUAUGUGUUUUUUUAACCUUUUUUUUUUUUCCGUUCUUUCUUCUUUACACGCAACAUCUGUCCGGCUCUUUUCAUCAGGAGAUUACAACUUGGCUUGAAUUGCAAGUAGAAUAGAUUUAGUCGUUGAAGUAAAGGUCUUCGUCCUUGAGCUCUCCGAGUGAACCCUCCAUUGUUGAUCCAAUUAUAUAUUUUUACUGAAACUGAUUUUUAUUAUUCCCAAGAUAUGAUUGUUCUAUUCCUUGGAUCUAUUUUGUAAAAUAAUAGAACUGCAUAAGCGGUAUUUCCCAUCUCGUUAUGGAGGUAAAAGUCGCGAGAUAUGCGCUUGUCUUGAUUGCCAAAGUAAUUUAUCAUUUGGACAAGACAGGAAGUAAUUUUUACCUCGGACGAGAUGGAGUUGAUGUUGAGAAAUUACAAGGAUGAGUUUUAACGUGAAAUAACUAAAUGUAUUUAUACUUGGCAGCUUUAUUUUAACUUGAUGUUGUCAAACACUCGAAUUAAGUAGUGAAAUAUAUAUUAACAGAGGUGUACAAGAGUU